AUGAACUGGGGGUUUCUACAGGGACUCCUGAGCGGCGUGAACAAGUACUCCACCGCCCUAGGCCGCAUCUGGCUGUCGGUGGUUUUUAUCUUCCGAGUGCUGGUGUACGUGGUGGCCGCCGAGGAGGUGUGGGAUGACGAACAAAAAGACUUUAUUUGUAACACCAAGCAACCAGGCUGCCCCAACGUCUGCUAUGACGAGUUCUUCCCGGUGUCCCACGUGCGUCUCUGGGCCCUGCAGCUCAUUCUGGUCACCUGUCCUUCCCUGCUUGUAGUCAUGCAUGUGGCCUACCGGGAAGACCGGGAACGGAAGCACCGCCGCAAACACGGGCCCAACGCCCCAGCCCUGUACAGCAACCUGAACAAAAAGAGGGGUGGCCUGUGGUGGACAUACCUGCUGAGUCUCAUCUUCAAGGCUGCUGUGGACUCGGCUUUCCUCUACAUCUUCCACCGCAUCUACAAGGACUAUGACAUGCCGCGGGUGGUGGCUUGCUCUGUGAAUCCCUGCCCCCACACCGUGGACUGUUACAUCUCCCGACCCACGGAGAAGAAGAUCUUCACCUACUUCAUGGUAGUCACGGCCGCCAUCUGUAUCCUACUCAACCUCAGUGAGGUUGCCUACCUGGUGGGCAAGAGAUGCAUGGAGGUCUUCCGCCCCCGGCGACGGAAAGCCUCUCGGAAGCACCAUCUACCAGAUACGUGCCCGCCAUAUGUGAUAUCCCAAGGAGGUCACCCACAAGACGACAACGCGGUCCUCACAAAGGUUGGGAUGGCCACAGUGGAUGCAGGUGUCUAUCCAUGA